AGAUGGCUGCGACGGAAGCGCAGGACGACCUCCAGACUGAGCGCAUCGUGCCCGACAAACUGGAGGUCCCUGAGCCAGUGAUGCACGUUGCUCCUCAGCCAGCUGCAGUUACACCUCUUGGCGUUGGCGCUGCCCGUCUGCCUCUGGGGGAUGUUACAAACCGACCCGGUCUGACGCGGUCAAGAACCAUCACAAAUUCCAAGCCAUUGAUUCGUCCGCCUUGGAGGCUUUGAUUACUGUUUGGAGAUACCUAGUUGAGCUUCGUUAGUUGACAGCCUACUCAUGCGCACCGAGCACAUACUACAUUUCCUGUCGUUCGAACCCUACCAUGCUACGUACACAUACUAUCUACUACAUCUGCAAUGGCAUUUCUGCUCGUC